GUUUGUUUUUAAUUGCAGGCAAAUAUGUCUAUAUUGAGACAUCAAGUCCCAGAGUACAAGGUCAGCAAGCCUAUCUCGUCAGUCCCCAAGUCAGCGGUACUCGAUGUUUGAAAUUCUCUUACCACAUGUACGGCGCUAGCACGGGAUCUCUUAUCGUCUAUCAAAAUAUGGGUAGUCAACUGAUGGAGCUGUUCAAGAAAUCUGGUGAGCAGGGCAACCAAUGGAAGAAAGUUGAACUACAAAUAAACAAUGGAAGCCGUUAUUCUGUAAGUAUAUAAAUUUUCUCUCCCGAUAAUGGUUGGUAAAUAUAUUGAUCAUGUAUGAUCUCACUUUAAAGAUCAUCCAGAAACUCCAACAGAGUGAGAAUAGUCGAAUAGCUCUAGCCGAAUGAAUCCAACAGAGUGAGAAUAGAGCCUUAAGUGGAAAGCUACCACGACUACGAGUAGCUCUGGCAAUGUAACUACAUUUCCAUGCAGUGAAUAUGUGGGAGAGCUUGCCCCUCGAGAUUUGAAGAAUCGUUUUUCAUAACCUGUCGUGGGUCAUUUGUAUGUUAUCACGAUGUAAAACUCCGGCAACGUUUUCACUAUAAGGGAUGUUUUCCGUAGGGAAAACGAUAUCAGAUAUAUAGGCCUUCCAUUCAUCUAUAUUGACGUUAAGAAAACAAUUUCUGAAGUGAUUUUGAAACGGAGCACCAGUGCUGAAAAUUAUCACGUUUCACGACGGAUAGCUGUCGUGUAUUGGAUCUAUAUUUAGUGCAUGUGCAGGUCACACUGUCGUUGGUGGCAAUAGUUCAAAUUGAUACAAAACUUUGGUGCGGUUUACACUAUAUUGUACAGCCUACAGGCUUAUGAAACGGCCUAGCUAUUCCAUAGAGUGUAAACGAAGUCUCCAUCAUGAUCUGUAUGAACGGUAUUUCAUUUCAAUUUGUUUUUCAAAGGUUGUAUUUAGUGGAGUAACAGGAAGUAGUUACCAAGGUGACAUUGCAUUGGAUGAGAUUUCAAUCACAUCUGGUCAAUGUUCAGGAUCUCCUGGCACACCAAAACCUCCAUCAGGAUCAUGUGGCCAGAAAGGAUAUGGUCUGAGUGACUUCGCCAGAAUUGUCGGUGGUCAGGAAGCCACACCAGGUGAAUGGCCAUGGCAAGUAGCACUUUUGCGAGGAACAUCCCCAUUCUGUGGUGGUUCACUUGUUUCAAAUCAAUACGUUAUUACUGCUGCUCACUGCGUCAGAUCAACGGACUGGAAUAGCGUGACGGUAAUAAAUCUCAUGUAACCAUGCCUGGCCAAGCCCACUGGAACCCUUUUUGAAUGUUCAAUGAUGGUAUCCUAACUGUUUGUGCUACUUUCCACCUUCACCUUUAUACGUGCCUUAACAAACCACCUACAAACGUCAAAUUUAUUUUAGCUGCCCUCUUUGCUUUUCCUUACACACCAUGAAUUUCCUCCUGGAUGCCUUUUAUCAUUUCAAAUAGUGUAAUUUUUCUCAAAUUCCCCAUUACUGCCAAAUAAUGGGUGUAUUAUACUCCCAGAGUUAUUACCACUACAAUAGUUAUUACCACUUUCGGCUAUAAUUCCAGUUCAAUGAUAAUACAGUAUUAUCAUUAAUACUCACUAAACAUGGCCUAUCGAAGAGAAGAUGGCUGUGAAACUCAUUAGCGUAACCGCAAUAUAAUUCAUUAUCUAUGUUAGUCAACGUUUGUUCCUAAAUCUAGUCCUUCUCCGUCACGUGUGUAUUGUAGUUUUGCCCUGCAACUAACCAAUAACAAUGUUUUAGGAAAGUUACCUAUCCGUGACUCGAACAAUAUGAUAAAUUGGAAAUUGCUAUUGGUGGAUUUGGCAAAAAUACAAUGCGCAUGCACGUGACGGUGAAGGACCAGAUUUAUGAAUAAACGUUGACGAACAUAUAGAUAAUUAGUUAUAUUGUUAUUCUAAUACGUUCCACAGAAAAGGAUUUAAUUGAGCCCGUAUCUUUCCAAUUUGAAUAAAACUAGUGAAAAGAGAAAGUUUGUUUAUAGUCUUCUGUGGUUUAUAUACAUUCUUCUUUUCCCAUUUUCAGUCACAUUUUGUUCUAACUAAUUUCCCAUUUUCAGAUCAGAGUAGGUGAACAUGAUAUGCGCGUGAAUGAAGGACAUGAACAAGAUAUCAGUAUUGCAAGAAAUGGCAUUACAGUUCAUCCUCAGUACAACCAAUUAACGCAAUAUAAUAAUGAUAUUGCAGUCAUCAGACUUUCCAGAAGUGUUCAGUUUACACAACGGAUAAAGCCCGUCUGUUUUAACAGCGGCAUUGAUUUCACUGGUAUAGUAACGUUACUUUUAGAGCAAUAGAACCUUAAGCCGAAAAAGCGAGGUAUUGAAUGCUACCAUCAUUAUCAAUAUUAUGUUUAUCACUCAACAGUCGCGCUUUCCAUGUGCCGCUCCUACGCAUUUGGUUUAGCACAUGAAAAGUUCGAGAGCUGGUUGUACGAAGGUCGGCCAUGCAGCGGUAUAUUAUUUUUAUAUUUAUUUGUAUAUUAUUCAAGCUUUCUAACAGUGUCCGUUGAUCGCGGUAUAACCCUGAUUAAACUUCAGUAUAUAUAAAUUAAAGUGUCUUUUUAUUAGUCAUGUUAAUCUUUCCAUAAUUUUUCCAACGACAAAAAAUUACUAUAUAUCCAGGCCUGAAGACCAGAUUGCAAGCGCUCUUUGUUUUUCUACUGGUCUGGUAAUGCGCCUAUUAGCAAAAAUGCAAAAUAGCAAUAUAAAAUUAACCACAUAAUGUCAUACAUUAUCACAUCACAAAUGUCCAUUUAAUUACAGUAAUGCACUUGAUGGUAACCUCCCUAAACAUUGAGCUCAUAAGGUCCUGAACGCUACCUCCAAAACAACGAUCAUAUACAUAUAGAUCAAAUAGCGAAAUUAUGGUAUUUCUAUAUAGGUCAACGUUGUUACAUCUCUGGAUGGGGCAGACUGCAAAGUGGGGGAUCAACGCCAAAUGUCUUACAGGAAGCUCAAGUUCCCAUUGUAACUCCACAACAAUGCAAAGAAUCAUACGGCAGCUCGAGUAUUACUGAUAGAAUGCUGUGCGCUGGAUAUUCUCAAGGUGGUACCGACACUUGCCAAGGUGACAGCGGAGGUAAGACUUAAGAAUAGAUAUGAUUUGUUCGUCACAGUCAAAACGACAUGAUAGCAACCAUUACGCUAACCGUUAUACCAGUUACAGUAGUACUAGUCGUAGAUUUAUUCAACCUUCCCCUAGGGCUUUUCAGGUUUAAAUUACAACAUUACGUCUUGAAAUUUACAAUAUAAAUAGCGAAUAGCUAUUAUAAGUUAUUACAUAUAAUAAAAUGUUAAAAGUACAUUAUAAGGACCAUGUACAUCAUAAAAUCUAAAAAUAUGUUCCUUUCAAAGUUGAGUAGUUCAGCAAAAGCCAGAUCGACUAAAACCACAGGAAAGAAUUACCGGCUUCGGAAUAAAGAAUAAACGCAUUUUACCCAUGCAUAUGGCACCUAAUGGCUUUACUUAAAACUUAUUAAAAAAAAACUUUAAAAUCUGUAAUGGACUUCAACGAAACUUUCCCAGAUCUACAAUCCAGGCCAAAACUCAUGUGGACACUUGACACUUCUUAUUUGAUAAAAAAUCGCAUUCAACAUUGGCUUGUAGUGGGGGAAUAAUUAUUCAGAAAAAACACCACUCGAGUACAAUGUCUGUGGGUUGUCCACAACAUUUUGGCCAGGAUUGUAGUUGCCCCAUAUAAUUGCCCCGGUAUAAGAGUUCAAACCUGCAAAGGUAUAGUGUGCCACUAAUCAUUUAAAGGCAAUCGUUAAAUCGACCUAAUUCAAAUAAAUGUUGUCUUCCGUUCAUAGGUCCACUUGUUUGUCAACAUAGUGAUCGUUCAUGGUAUCUUACUGGUGUGACGAGCUGGGGUCGUGGGUGUGCAUCUGCCGGAUACUAUGGAGUUUAUGCUCAUGUUGCCAACCUUUACCCCUGG